AUGUCUUCCAAUUUACAUUUAUUAAGUGUAUACUGGAUAAAUUUUAAUUUUCUAUUGUACUCUAAUAAAAAUAAACUGACAUUUUCAUUAUUAUUUAUAUUUGGAUUGUUGGAUCAUUAUUUAUAUCAUCAUCAUCAUCAUCAUCAUCAUCAUCAUCAUCAUCAUCAUCAUCAUCAUCAUCAUCAUCAUCAUCAUCAUCAUCAUCAUCAUCAUCAUCAUCAUCAUCAUCAUCAUCAUCAUCAUCAUCAUCAUCAUCAUCAUCAUCAUCAUCAUCAUCAUCAUCAUCAUCAUCAUCAUCAUCAUCAUCAUCAUCAUCAUCAUCAUCAUCAUCAUCAUCAUCAUCAUCAUCAUCAUCAUCAUCAUCAUCAUCAUCAUCAUCAUCAUCAUCAUCAUCAUCAUCAUCAUCAUCAUCAUCAUCAUCAUCAUCAUCAUCAUCAUCAUCAUCAUCAUCAUCAUCAUCAUCAUCAUCAUCAUCAUCAUCAUCAUCAUCAUCAUCAUCAUCAUCAUCAUCAUCAUCAUCAUCAUCAUCAUCAUCAUCAUCAUCAUCAUCAUCAUCAUCAUCAUCAUCAUCAUCAUCAUCAUCAUCAUCAUCAUCAUCAUCAUCAUCAUCAUCAUCAUCAUCAUCAUCAUCAUCAUCAUCAUCAUCAUCAAAUCAGUUGA